AUGGAUCAAUAAGUUCAACUAAAUUAUUUCAAGCUUCCAUUCAAUAAGAAUGAAGAAAAAGGAAUGUUAAUUGUAAUUUUAGAUUGUUCAGGGUCAAUGUUCAGCUAUUGGAAAUAUGUUGCUGAAUAUUAUAAUGAAUUAAAGAAAAAGGCCUAUUUGUCAAUAGCAAUUACUUUCGACACAAAUGUAAAAGUUUUGUAGCCAAAUGAAAAUAUUUCUCCUAAUAUUAAAUAAUAUGGUGGAGGAUGUACAAAUAUUACUUGUGCAUUCGUUGCUUUAAAUUAAGAGAUUAUUAGAUAAAAAAUAACAAGUGAUUUAACAGUUGUGUUUGUUUCUGAUGGAUAGGGAGAUUAUGAUGAGAGAGCAAUCAAAUAAAAUAUGCCAAAUGUAGGAAAUCUUAAUUUUAUUUGUGUUGGAGUAGGUAAUGAAUUUCCAACCCAUAUUUCAAUGAGUCUUAGAUCUCUCUAUCAUACAGGAAAUCUAUAAAUACCUCCUGUGUUUAUAGUAGACGUUAAUGAUUAGAAAAAUUAGAAUAGAGAGCAAUAUUUGAAUUAAAUAUUUUAAGAAGAAUUUGAAUCUGUGGGUAAUAUUUUGGUACCAAGAAAAUAAUGUGAAAUAACACCUGUCUUAUGUUUUCCAUGGGAUUAAGAGAAAACAACAAAUGUUUGGUGUGGUGUUUGGGUGGCCAGUCAAGAAGAUGAAAUAACUUGUGAUGGAACACUAAUUAAACCAUAAAAUCCUUCUGAUGGUAUGAUAUUGGAAUUGGCCUCUUAUUGGUUAUAGAACAUAUAAUUACUUUCAUUAAAAGUAAAAGUAAAAUAAGAAGCCCAAAAAGCACUAUCAGAAUUAGAGAGAUUAUCAAAUUUAAUAUCAAAAUUUCAGAAUUAAAAGAAAUAAAAGACAUUUGCUCAAAGAGUAUAAGAAUCUUAAUCUCAAAAUACAGAACUUUCAGAUUUUGUUGCUGAAUUAAAAUUAUUCACACAAGAUUUUUCAUUAAAUUAAUUAAGUGAUAAGGAUGCAGCUGAUAGAUUGAAGAUUGGAACUAAAAUUGGUAAAUAUCACAAUAAAGCUCUCAAAUUUGCAGGAUUAUCAACAGAAGACUUUUAAAAGGCUAAAAAUAAAUUUAUAGAAUGUCUUAAAUAACACAAAUUUCUUGGUGAUGAUGGAGAUAGAUCAAUUAUGACAUUAUAAAGUUAAAAGGAGAUUUUAUAAGAAGAAGACUUAAUCUAAGGAUUAGAAAAUUGUACAUCUUAAUAUUAAUUGGUUACUACAUUUCCAAUUAUUGGUUAUGGAUUGUAAGUUAGAAGAUCAAAUGCAAGUAUGAUUGAUCCAUAUAAAAUUGAGAUUGUAUCUCUUGUAAGAAUUCACAAAUUUUUAGAUUCUGUAUCUUUAAUUGAGAACCUAGAACAUGAAUUAAGGUUUUCGAUUGGAAAUGGAGAAGAGGAAGUUGUAAAUUGUAUUCUUCCUUUGUAUACAUAAAAGAAUAAAGAUCUUAAACCAUUUUUCAGGUCCUUACUAUUUCACACCAUAAUGACAUUCAUAGUUUGUGAGAAUGCAGAUGUUUGUUUUGAAUAUUCUUAUGCAGCUUUAUUAGCUAAUACUCUUUAUUAUUUGAUUGGAUAACCAAAAUCUGAAUGGACAAAGGAAAUGAUAAGUUUAAUAAAUGAGUCAUAUUGUUUAGCUUAUGAAGCUUAAGAUAAGAAUUUCACAGAAAAAUUAAUUAAUAACCCAAUCUAAACUUUGGUUGAUUUUAAUAAAGAUUAAGAAACUCAGUGUUAAGAUACAAUCAAAGCUUUACUAAUUCUCUCAGCUUAAAAAGAUAAAUUAUAAUAAUAAUAAAUAAAAGAUGUAAUUGAUAGAUUCAUAAUUGAAACAAUUGGAAGAAAUCUUAAGGAUAUGAAUCUAGAAGAUCAUAUUAAUCUCUUCAUUAACUUAGAUGAACCUUAAAUACUUAAUGAUAUGAGUUAAAGAAUAAUUAAUUAAUAUGAUCAUCUAAAACUUUAAGAGUAUAAACACAUAUCUGCAAUUACAUCUGAAAUUUAUAAUUAUGUCUAAACUCUCAAUGUAGAAGAUUGGUAAAUAUAAAUAACAUUUAAGAAUAAGUAAGCAAUCAAGUUAUUACAAAAUACUAGAUUUAGGUAUGAAAAUAUGUAAAAUGUUUACGAGUACUUUUUAAACGAAGAAUUAAAAUAAAAAUUAUUUAUUGCAGCCAUAUUUCAUGCAAGAUAUUAAAAAUCAACAUAAAGAGCAAAUAAUCAAUUUAUUUUUGAUUUUGAUCAACUCACUAAAGAAAUUUUAAAGAUAAAACAUCAAUUCUUAAUAGAAAAAUUGUUAAGAAAAUGUUCAUUUGAAAUUAGAAAUCAUGUAGAAAAAAAGGGAUUUUAACAUUUACUUCUUUAACCUCUGUUUAAAAAAGGAUAUGUAGAAGAUGAAGUGCUAAUAGAAUUGAUGAUAUGGUUAAGAACAGAGAAUCAAGGGUUUUGA